GCUUACUCUUUCCCUCAUCUAACUGAUUCAUCCUCCUCUAUUCCAGGCGAGCCAAAACAGCCACGGCCACACCACCAGAAAAAGAGACGAUGCGUCCUCCGAUGCUGCCACCACCAUUCCAUCCCUAGUGUCAUGAGAGCUUCAAUAUUUCCUGACAUCGGAAAUUUCGCCCAUUUCAACAUCUCCAAAAACAGCCGCCAGCCUUUCGCCGUCUCCCGCCGCGCCGGCCACCAGUGCUCCGCCGAGUCUUGAGGAGCUGGUCGUGCUUUCUCCCGUAUCCCCCGUGUCCCCGGUGGUUGUACCCACCAUGCUGGCCAGGGAGCUUUCGGAAACAUGUGCCGUGGUGGUCACAUGUUCGCUCCCACCAAGAUCUGGCGCCGCUGGCACCGCAAGAUCAACGUGAACCAGAAGCGCCACGCCCUGGUCUCCGCCAUCGCAGCCUCCGUUGUUCCGUCAUUCAUCCUCGCCCGCCCGCGGCCACCGCAUCGAGACCGUCCCGGAGUUUCCCUUUGUCGUCAGCGACUCUGAUGUGAAUGGAGAUUUUGAUGUAGCAUCUGAUUGGGAGCCUCUCUCGCCGCCGAUCAAGCCCAACUUCCGGUUAUACCACAUCUUCAGUUCUAAAGGUGUCGUUGUUUUAUUCACCUCUUCCGGUUUCCCUUCUGUGGGUGAGUAUGAUGAAGUAUUUGAAUAUGAAUUUUUCCCGUUUCAUGGAAGAUAAAGAGAAAGGGGAACGAUGGAGCGGAGCGAUGACGAAUCUAUCAGAGAUGAGUUCAAAUCUAGAAUCACUCCACAAGUUUCUCCUCACCAAAGCCGUCUUCUCGACGACGACACCUUCUCCAAAGCCUCUCUCGCCGCCGAUCAAGCCCGCACCAUCAAGCUCCUCGAUCAACGAGUCCACACCUUGAAGCGAGAGCUCGACGCCGCCAUCACCGCCGCCGCACGCGCUCGCUCCGAGAAGCGACACGCCGAGAACGCUCAGAGAGCCGCUGAAUCGCGCGCUCUUGAGGUCACCAAGGAGCUCGAAAAUACCACGAGUGUUUGAGCUGCAUAUGGAAGAACUGCGUGCGAAGCAAGAAGAAAUCGCGAAGCGUGAUAGUGAUAUUAAGCUUCUGGAAGCGAUUAUUCAAACGCUUGGAGGAAAAGAAUCGAUUUCUACAUCUCUGUAAAAGCCAGCC